GUCGCCCAAGGUGCGGCGUACACAAAACGUCGUCCUUUACUCUGUGGCCUUUUCCUUGUGAUUUCAGCGAUCAAAAUACUCGUUGUUCUUUUUCUUUUAAAUUUUCAAUUACCCCGAAAAAAAGACCAUUUCUAUGUUUGUUCGAAGAUCUUCAAAUUCCUGCUGCUGUAAGGAUCUCUUGGCUCGCCUUACAUUUUCCACCCUAUGUUUUCCUUUUUUGUGCGAUAAUCUGGAAAAAGGUUAGGGUGGAUUUGGAUGAGGAGAUAAGCUGUCCGAAGAAUGCUGAUUCGCAUCAUGAUGUGUUGUUCGAUGGGGACAGAUUUGGUGGGUUGGUAAAAGCCACUGUGACAAAUGGGAUGUGGUGAUAGUUGGGUUGUGUGAAGAAUUGAAGUUUGUUUUGGAGCUUUCAAAUGAUGAAGAGGGCAAAAAGUGAAGUUCCUGGUGCAAGGAGGUUCAGGCUGUCGCAUUUUUUGUUGGGCAUAGCUGCAUUAUACUUGAUUUUUAUCGCAUUCAAGUUCCCCCAGUUUUUACAAUUUGCAUCGGUGUUGAGUGGUGAUGAUACUUAUGUGGGAUUACAUGAAGUGUCGGUCAAGGCUGGGGAUAAUGGAGACUCAAGCAACUCAUAUUCUGGUACAGUCCAUAAGGAUACAUUUCACAGGAGAUUGGAAGAUAAUGAAAACCAAAAUGCUCCGUUGAUGCCAUGGAAGGAGGCAUGGAAAGAGAGGAAAGUAGAAUCCCCGUCGACAAAGCCUAUUCGGCAUCAUUACGGUCGAAUAACUGGUGAAAUUAUGAGGCAGAUGAAUAGAACAAUUGACUUAUCUGUACUAGAAAGAAUGGCAGAUGAAGCUUGGACGUUAGGUUUGAAGGCAUGGGAAGAAAUGGAGAAAAUUGAUGAGAAGGAGGAUAUAAACCAGAGUUCUAUACUUGAUGGGAAGCCUGAAUCUUGUCCUUCCUGGGUUUUGAUGAGUGGUGAAGAAUUAGCUAGAGGAGACCAUAUCAUGUUCCUUCCUUGUGGGCUUGCUGCUGGUUCUUCCAUUACAGUGGUGGGAACACCCCAUUAUGCGCACCGUGAGUUUGUGCCCCAGCUUGCAAGAAUAAGGGGGCGUGAUGCUUCAGUUCUUGUUUCACAAUUUAUGGUUGAAUUGCAGGGGUUAAAGGCAGUCAGUGGGGAGGAUCCACCAAAGAUCCUGCAUUUGAAUCCUAGACUGAGUGGAGAUUGGAGUCAACGACCAGUCAUUGAGCACAAUACCUGCUAUAGGAUGCAAUGGGGGACAGCUCAAAGGUGUGAUGGUUUACCAUCCAAGAGAGAUGAUGAUAUGCUCGUUGAUGGAUACGUGCGAUGUGAAAAAUGGAUGCGGAAUGAUAUAGUAGAUUCAAGGGAAACCAAGACAACCUCGUGGUUCAAGCGAUUCAUUGGCCGUCCACAGAAACCAGAAGUGACGUGGCCAUUUCCUUUUGUUGAGGGUAGAUUGUUUGUCUUGACUGUGCGUGCUGGUGUUGACGGUUUCCAUAUUAAUGUUGGGGGCCGGCAUGUGACGUCAUUCCCCUAUAGGAUGGGGUUUACUCUUGAAGAUGCAACUGGAUUGGCAGUUAAAGGUGAUGUGGAUGUUCAUUCAGUUUAUGCUACCUCUCUGCCAACCUCUCAUCGAAGCUUCUCACCCCAAAGAGUACUAGAAAUGGAUGAGAAAUGGAAAGCCCUCCCUUUGCCCAAAAGGCCUAUUCGGCUUUUUAUUGGCAUUCUCUCUGCGACCAAUCAUUUUGCGGAGCGAAUGGCAGUUAGAAAAACUUGGAUGCAGAGUCCAGCAAUCAAGUCCUUGGAUGUUGUAGUUCGUUUCUUUGUUGCAUUGAAUACAAGGAAGGAGGUGAACGCAGUUUUGAAGAAAGAAGCUGCUUAUUUUGGCGAUAUUGUGAUUUUGCCAUUUAUGGAUCGCUAUGAGCUCGUGGUUCUUAAAACUAUUGCCAUCUGCAAAUAUGGAGUUCAAAAUGUGACUGCUGCUCACAUCAUGAAGUGUGAUGAUGAUACAUUUGUUAGGGUGGAUACUGUCUUGAAAGAAAUUGGUGGCAUCUCCCCUAAACGCUCCCUUUACAUGGGCAACCUCAAUCUCUUGCAUCGACCUCUUAGAACUGGGAAAUGGGCUGUCACUUACGAGGAGUGGCCAGAGGAAGCAUAUCCUCCUUAUGCUAAUGGGCCUGGAUACAUAAUAUCCAUUGACAUUGCUAAGUUCAUCAUCUCUCAGCAUGCUAAUCGAAGCCUACGGCUGUUCAAGAUGGAGGAUGUGAGCAUGGGAAUGUGGGUCCAGCAGUUCAACCGCUCCACCCCGGUCCAGUACUCUCACAACUGGAAGUUCUGUCAAUACGGAUGCAUGGAAGGUUACUACACUGCGCAUUACCAAUCCCCGCGACAGAUGAUUUGCCUGUGGGACAAUUUAGCUAGAGGUCGGGCUCACUGCUGCAACUUUAGGCGAUGAAAAGCAACUUCAAGUCAAGGAAUGGGGCCAACCUGUUGUACCUAACCUGUUGUACCUGUAUUUCAGAUUUCAGUCAAUCUCUCGUUCUUGUUUAUAUUGGUCAGAAUGGGAGAUAUAUCGCUACUUUGAGUCACUGCCAUUGUUUUCUACGAUGAGAAAGAACCCGGUAUGAUUCUUUCUGGUUGAGAGCAUUUGGGGCCUUUUCUGCGGCCCAGCCAAGUUCUGCUAGUUGAUUGUGAUUAUUGACACUUGAAAUCUGGAGAAUAGAUGAUAACUUUUAGCAUAGAACGGAGACAAUUUAUUCCUUUGCAGUGCUUCAAGUGGCUUGCAAACAUUCACAAUGAAAUAUAGAGGGUAGGUGGAUAUAUGUAUCCUUUUGUUUUGGUGAUUAGUGUCAUGACCUUCCUCUGAAUGGGAGAUAUCAUCCAUGAAUGGGAGGGAGAUAUCAUCACAUGUCCAACCUAGUUCUUAUUAUUGAACUUUUGUAAAGAAACAUUUACUACAAUGAUGUGACAGUAACAUGUUUUUUUUGACUUUGUGCUU